AAGAGAAGGGGCGCGGCGCGGCCGGCGCGGGCGGGCAGCGGCGGUGCGGCUGAGCCCGGCCCGGCGGCCGGAGAGAUUAUUUUCACUGCUGAAAAAGAACUGCAAUGGAGAGUACGGUAUCAGUUAUUUUCCUUGUAUCGUUUUCGAUACUGCUCUGUGAAAGUUAUCACCAUGGAGUGGAGACAGCUACUGUUGUGCAUACCUCAGAGAGAGCUUUUCCAGAAAAGACAGUGGGUGUUAAUAUUGACUUGGCAGGACUGAUACAGAAGUUGCACCUUCAAGAACUUUUUAACCGUUAUGGAGAAAACAACUCUCUGUCAAUUGAUGGGUUUAGAAAACUGCUACAGAACAUAGGUAUAGAUAAAAUGAAAAGGAUUAAAAUAAGCCAUGAUCACGACCACAAUCAUGACCACAGUCAUGAUCACGACCACAAUCAUGACCAUCACGACCAUGACCAUGACCAUCACUCUCAUCAUAAUCAUGUUUCAUUGAGUAAAGGCUCUGAGAAGACUGCUUGUCCAAACCACGAGUCGGAUGCUAGCAAAGACCACAGGAGCAGCCACGCGAAGGAGCCCCACAAGGCCGAGGGCGCGGAGCGGCAGCAGAACUUUGUGCGCAGCAAGAACGCGCUCCACGAGAUCACGGCGUCCGUCAUCGCCGCUGCCGCGGGCGGCCACGCCGAGCUCCACAGCGUGCAGCCCGGGGAAGCCAAGACGGUUGUUCGAGUGGGUGCAGCUGGCCCUGGUACCCUUAAUGUCACAGGGGGCCGCAAUGGCACCUGGCUGGGUGCCACAAAGGCCAACGAAUCUCGUGCUUCUCCCAAGGAGUUGGAGAGAGGGAGCUACCUCUAUUCUAAGCUGAAAAAACAAAACACUCAAGAGUGCUCCAAUGCAUCCAAACUGAUGCAGUCGCAUGGAAUAGGCACUCAAGUAUUGUUGACUGCUACAGAAUUUAGUUAUCUCUGUCCAGCUCUUAUUAACCAGAUCGAUGGCAAGUACUGCAUAGUCCAUGCUACCAGUGAAAAAGCUGAAACUCCUCCAAAAAGUUUUUCUCUGCAAAUAGCUUGGAUUGGUGGCUUUAUAUCCAUCUCCGUCAUCAGCUUUCUUUCCUUGCUGGGUGUUAUAUUGGUACCACUGAUGAAUCGAGUAUUUUUCAAAUUUCUUCUGAGUUUCCUUGUGGCAUUGGCUGUGGGGACCUUGAGUGGAGAUGCCUUCUUGCACCUCCUUCCACAUUCUCAUGGAAACCAUCACCAUCACCAUGAAAAGCCUCUGCUUGACCAAAAAGGCUCUAUGUACAAACAUCUUGUUUUUCAAAGUACAGAGGAGAAUGCUUACCUGGAUUCUACAUGGAAAGGACUUACAGCACUUGGAGGCUUGUACUUCAUGUUUCUAGUGGAGCAUUUGAUCACUUUAAUAAAACAAUUUAAAGACAAGAAGAAAAAGAAAAAAAAUGAAGAUGAUGGAGAAAGUAAGAAGUUUUCAGCAAAUGAAGAAAAGCUGGAUACGGAUGAUCGGCCUGAGGGUUAUCUAGGGACAGACUCUCAAGAUCCAUCAACCUUCAUUUCUCAGCAGCCAACUGUACAAGAGGAAGAAGAAGUGAUGAUAGCUCAUUCUCAUCAAGAGGAGGUUGACAACGAAUAUGUGUCCAGGGGCUGUAGAAACAAAUGCCAUUCUCACUUGCACGAUACUCUAGGCCAGACAGAUCAUCUAAGCCACCACCACCACGACUACCAUCACAUUCUGCACCACCAUCAUCACCAGAACCAUCAUCCCCACAGUCACAGUCAGCGCUACUCGCGUGAAGAGCUGAAGGAUGCAGGCAUAGCAACUCUGGCCUGGAUGGUGAUCAUGGGAGAUGGACUGCACAAUUUUAGUGAUGGACUGGCAAUUGGAGCAGCCUUUACUGAAGGGUUAUCUAGUGGUUUAAGCACUUCUGUGGCUGUAUUUUGCCAUGAAUUACCUCAUGAACUAGGAGAUUUUGCUGUCCUUCUAAAAGCUGGUAUGACUGUCAAGCAAGCUGUGCUUUAUAAUGCUCUGUCAGCUAUGCUGGCCUAUCUUGGUAUGGCGACUGGGAUCCUUAUUGGUCAUUAUGCAGACAACGUUUCAAUGUGGAUAUUUGCACUUACUGCUGGCUUGUUCAUGUAUGUGGCUCUUGUGGAUAUGGUACCUGAAAUGCUCCACAAUGAUGCCAGUGACCAUGGAUGCAGCCGGUGGGGAUACUUCCUCUUACAGAAUGCUGGGAUUCUUCUGGGUUUUGGGAUAAUGCUGCUUAUCUCAGUAUUUGAGCAUAAGAUUGUAUUCAGCAUAAACUUGUAAUCCUGGUUUCCAGGAAGACACCUUGGUGUUAAAUUAUAAGUGGUAGGGUUUUUUCUACUAAUUUCCUUAUUGGAAAGGUACAUUUGAUAUAGACUAGAUAUUUUUGUUGGUUUGCUUUGUUGUUGUGUACUUCCCUCCCUUCUUGCCUGAUAGAAAGGAACACUGUAAAGUUUGGGGUUUGUUUGAGGUUUUUUUUUGCUUGGUUUUUUUAAAUUGUGGGGUUUUUUUUUACUUGGGAUUUAGCAUUGCUCAUGGUACUUGGAAAGUGGUACUUAGUAAAACAUGGCCAAAUCUGUAUUAUUUGUAUUGUCUGCAUUGUUUGGUGAGUAGGUUGUUUUUUUACUGAAUUUAUUUACUGUGUGUAAUUAUACGUGAUGUUUUUUACUUCAGUGGUUUUGCUGGUGUAAAGAAGUAAAGCAACAGUGGUUUUUAUUUUAGCACAGUUAAAAUCAGCGGAUACAAAGCACAGUGAGCAAAUUAAAACAAGAACAAGACAUGUAAUGCUUAGCAUAUGUUUAUUGGUAAAAGCUCAUCUCUUCUGCAUCCACCUGGUUUAUAUAGAAAGGCAGAUAAGUCCAUUCCAUCCUUUGUGGUGGUGCUGGCUCUCCCAGUAGCUUGUGGAUUCCUGUGUCUUAUUCCAGUUGGUUUCUACUCCAAACAAAUUGAUGUAAAACCAUGUUCUAAGUGUUUACAUCAAAUGUUUAACUUGUUCCAUCCAUUGUUAUAUGAGUUGCUCUUUGCUGGUUUCUCAAAUCAGCAACAAAAGUCCAGCUCUUAAAUUGCCAAAGCUUUAAGAAUUCUAUCAAAAAGACUUUAAAAGCAGUGCUGUAUCCCACUUACGCUGCCUGAAGUGACAAAGGUGUGUUAAAGCCUGUUUGAUAUCAAGGGGGAGGAGUGCUACAGGCUAAGAUAAACAGUCAUUUCCUACAAAAGCUUCCUGAAGUAAAGUGUUGAUUUACUUUGGGAAAAUGAGCUGAGUGGAAGAGCUGCCUUCUUCUCGUUCAGUGUGAUUUCACACAAACCUGUGCUAUGUUUUUUUGCAAGAACUAAAGCUGAGAAAUCCAAAAUAAGAAAAUUUCUUUGGUUGCAGAUCUGGAGCAGCAAGGUGUUAAAGAUAAUAAGUGUAUGCUUAAGUAUGUAGUUUAAGCCUACAGUCUUAAUAUGUUUAACCAUGCUGAAUGUCACUGAAGGAAGAAGGUUAAAAAAAACAAUAGCAAAAUAAAUUCUGCAUUAGCAGGGAA